AUGCCUAUAAAUGCAGAAUGGUUAGUUAGACCGGAAGCGCGCGACGGCGGCGGCGGCGGCGGCGGCAGCGACGACGACGACGACGAAACGUCACGCCGCGCCGCGACGCGACGUUCCCGAGAGGAUCGGUCGCCAGUCCGAGGCACAGGGCCGCAUCUAGAACAAUUUCUGCGGAACAAAGAUUGUCGAGAUACCGGAGAAGUCUUUGUAUACGAUCCAUUGCUCCUCCUCGCACAUUUUUGCACCUCCCACUUCUUUUUCACUCAUCGUUUUGGCUGGAGGACCGCAGAGAAUCGUCGACGCGCGGAUGGACUUGGACGAGAGCAAUGCACCCCGCAUGGAAAAAGCGCAGCCUCUACUGCAAGCGGUAUCGACAGCGUACGAAGACAUGUAACGUACAGAUGCAGCCUUGUUGCUGAUCCGAUCGAGGUGAACGUUGCCGAGAAACCGAGGCGAGACGCAUCACGAGGAAGAGGAGGAGGAGGAGGAGGAGGAGGAGGAAGAGGAGAAGAAGACUGGAGAACGAAAAGACAAGAGGACAGUGAAGAGAAGGAAGGCAGAAGAAAGGGAGACUCGCACCUAGAGAAUUAAAGGAGGAAGAGGCACUGCUGCCCUUCCCCCUUCC